CUGCAAGACCUUUUCAGCAAAAUGGCCUUCAUCAGCAGCUCUUCGGCUGUAUAAUUCAGCUUCAGAGCCUAUAAAUACCCAAAACUAGUGCUCAGAAUAGCAUUCUUCUCUUGUUCCAACUUCUCAUUGAGAAAAGCAGUCAAAUUCCUAUAAUUCCCAUCUCUUGCAGAGAAAAGCAUCUUAUAGAAGUAGAGUGAUACGAUGGGCUCAGUUGCAGAAGAAAAGAUCCCCCUUCUCACUCCAUACAAGCUUGGGAAAUUCCAUUUAUCACACAGGGUGGUUUUGCCACCUCUGACGAGGUGCAGGUCCUAUGGCAACGUUCCGCAGCCCCAUGCAAUCUUGUUCUACUCUCAGAGAACUACAAAAGGAGGUCUUUUAAUAGCAGAAGCCACUGGAAUUUCUGAUACAGCUCAAGGGUACCCAAGAACUCCUGGCAUAUGGACCAAAGAGCAAGUGGAGGCCUGGAAACCUAUUGUCAAUGCUGUCCAUGAGAAGGGUGGGAUCUUCAUUUGCCAAAUUUGGCAUGUGGGAAGGGUUUCUAACUAUGAUUACCAGCCUAAUGGACAGGCUCCUAUUUCAAGUAGUGAGAAAAAAGUCAGUCCGCAACCUCAACAUGAUGGUACAGUCUCAAUAUACUCCACUCCACGUAGGCUUGGAAUUGAUGAGAUACCACAAAUCAUCAAAGAUUUCAGACUAGCUGCAAGAAAUGCCAUUGAAGCCGGCUUUGAUGGAGUAGAGAUACAUGGAGCGCAUGGCUAUCUACUUGAGCAAUUCAUGAAAGAUAGUGUCAAUGAUAGAACGGAUGAGUACGGGGGUAGUCUAGAAAAUCGAUGCCGCUUCGCCUUGGAGGUUGUUGAAGGAGUCGUUGAAGAGAUUGGUGCUGAAAGAGUGGCCAUUCGACUGUCUCCCUUUGCUACUGAGGCAGAUUGUUGGGAUUCUAACCCGGAUGCACUUGGGGUCUACAUGGCUCAGUCAUUGAAUAAGUAUGGGCUAUUAUAUAUCCACAUAACCGAGCCUCGAAUGACCUUUGAGGAAGGUAAGCUGAAGAUUCCUCAACGCCUUCAUGAAAUAAGAAAAACCUAUAAAGGGACUUUAAUCACAGCUGGAGGUUAUGAUAGAGAGGAAGGAAAUAAGGCAAUUCGAGAUGGAUAUGCUGAUCUAAUAGCAUUUGGCCGCUUAUUUCUUGCUAAUCCCGAUUUGCCUAAAAGAUUUGAAUUGAAUGCUCCGUUGAAUAAAUAUGACAGGACCACCUUCUAUACUUCUGAUCCAGUUGUUGGCUACACAGACUACCCAUUCCUUGAAUCAAUCAAAGAAUAAUCAACAUUAUUCAUGAUUUCAGUUGAAUGCCUAAAUAUUUCUACCUACACUACAUGGUUCUUGAACU